AUAUGUAUUCUUAAAAAUUUCGUUUUUAUAUGCAACAAUAAUAGAUAACAUAACGUUAAAUCUUUUAUUUGAAACUGCAAUUAUAAAAGAUAUCACUAUUAUCUACGAUAUACUGCAACAGAAUGACAUCAAAUAACACUGAUACAAAAAAAGUAAAGAAACUGAUUCUCCGAGAUUUGCAAACACUUCUUCGAGAAAUAAUAGGUAAUGAGGUGAUUGUCGUAAAGUAUGAUACGACAAAUUUGUUACCAAAGGGUGAAAACUACUCAAGUACAAUGCUCAAAGUUAAUUCACUGAUCAAGAGAACUGAAGAUUCGCCCGAAGAGAGUCUAGCUCUUGUUGCCAAAAUGAUACCCUUGACAGAAUUUCAACAGAGUUAUCUUAACUGCACCGCGUCGUUCAAUAAGGAAAUGUUCGUGUAUAAGACAUUAAUGUCUACAUUCAGAGAGCUCGAGAAAGAAAUUGGUGUCAAGGACGAAGAUUUGAUUGACAUAACUCCAAAAUACUACGGAGGCAGGCUCUCGAUGAACAAAGAAAAAUUAGACGUUGCCGACGAAGAUGCAGUUAUGCUAAUGGAGAACCUGAAAGAGCUUGGAUAUUGUACAAUGAACAGAAUCAAAGGUUUAAAUCUAAAUAACGCUAAACUGGCGCUUAAGGAUCUAGCACGAUUCCACACGUUGUCAAUGGCAUUGAAAGAGAAAAAUCCAACAUUUUUCAGAGAAGCUAAGAAGCCUUUAAAUGCUCUUCCAUUUAAACUACUGGGAAACGAAUUCGACGACGCGAUAAAUUACACUAUUGCUGCUAUCUGUAAAGAUCCACGAAUCGCUAAAUACGAAGAUCGUAUCAGAGCAUCAAUAGAAGCUAAUAAAGAUUGGGAAAAAGUUUUAAGUAUUGUACCAGAAGAACCUUGGGUCGCUAUAAGCCACGGCGAUUUUUGGGUGAACAAUAUGCUCUUCCAACAAGAAAAUGGGCAAGUCAAAGACAUCAAAUUCGUCGACUUUCAAAUGACGAGGGUUAGUAGCCCAACGAUAGAUCUGCCAUACUUUCUAUGCACCAGCGUCGAAAUAGAUGUUAUGGAAAAUUACUUUGAUGAACUUUUAGAUAUUUAUUAUGACAGUUUGAUCGACUUCUCAAAGAUGAUGGGCCUUGACACAAAUCUAUUUUCGAGGACAAGUUUUGAUCAGCAACUGAACAAAGAUGCAAAGAGUGAAUUAUUACACUGUUUGCUUGCAGCCAAAUUUUUCACCCAAGAGGUGGCCGACGAUGUUGAUCUUAAUGAUAUGGUAAAUUCACUUAUGAUGACUAAAGCCACUAAUUUGUAUCUUGAACGGUCAUGGAUGAUUGUAUCUAAAUUUGUUGAAAAAGAAUGGAUAUGAAAAUAUGCAUUUUAAUUUUAUAAAUGUUGUAAAGAUUUGUUGAACAUAUUUUGUAUACAUAUUUUUACGAUAAAAUAAGUUGUUAAAUAGUUAAACGCUAUUCGGUAACUUUAAUUACUUCUUCGUAGAUCUUAAUUUUCUAGUCAGUUAACAAAGUAUUUACAAGAAAUCAAGUUUAUAAAAUAUUCAAAAAAAAUUGUCUAUACACAGAGAAAUAAUAUAUUAAUAUGCUCAUUUUUCUGGAUUUACACGUCAUGCUCUAUCUUGCCUUGUUUUUUUGAGUAAUAAAUUUGAAGUCAUGUCACGUACAAUUCUUAUAUACGUAAAAAUAAAUUGUAUUGAGCUAAUUAUAACUAUAAAAUCAAAUUUACAUUCUUAAUUUAUAAACUACUAUAUAUAUGUCUACCAAAAUCCAAUUUUUUCUUAUUAACUAACCAUGAAUGAUGAAUUGUUAGUUCAUAUCGACGAUAUUGAUCAAAAGUUCAUAAUGUCUUGUCAUUGUCAUGUCACGCCUGCUGUUCAAUCCAAUAAUGAAGCAAUUAACGAAUUCAUUUAGGCUAUCAAAUAAAUACAAUGCUUUCAAGAUAAGAAAGUUUGUAUUGAGCGGCUUUUUAUAUACGUGUAGACGCAGACAUUGUCCUUGUCUCUCGCUCGAUUAGAACAUUGUUAUCGCGGUAAAACCAUUUUUUAUAUAUUUUCUCAUCCACUAUAGUUUUAUGAAGAAAGAAAGCAUCGGCAGAAAACAAAAGAAUUUAACUAAAUAAUAUAAAA